AUGGGGGCGCGGCUGGGCCCGCGGGCCCGGCCUGACGCCGGCUUGGAGGCCGGGGCGGCGGCGGGGUGCGGGCCUGCGCCGUAUGAGCGCCGGGUGCGCUGGCUCCGCGAGAUCCAGUCUAUGCUCCGCGAGCGGCGGCCCGAGCGCGCCCGGCAGCUGCUGCGCCUCCUGCGCCAGGACCUGGGCCUAGAGGGGACCCUCCUCACAGACAUCCUAUAUAGGAAUGUGGCCUACCUCAAUCUGGUGGACCCCAUCUCCCAUGACCUGCUUGUGAACCUGGCCCGCGACCUGCAGUGCCCCAAGUCAGACCACAAGCUCUGGAACUCUUCAGACAGGAUCUGCCAGCAGCUCAUCUACCACCUCACCCCUCACUCCAGGCGGCAGCAAGGGUCUGGCCCGCCCCAGAGGAAGACCCAGAUCAGCCUCAAGAGCAGCCUCCAGAAGACUCUGCCGGCAGUGGGGGAGACUGUGAACCUCUCAGGGAUCCUGCUGUCGGUGAGGGACGUGCAGCACAUCAUGCGCUACCUGGGCCGCCAGGGCGCGGGGCUCACGGUGCUGGACCUGAGCUUCAUGGGGCUGAGCGAGGAGCUGCUGCACCAGCUGCUGCCCAGCCUCUGGACGCUGCCCCGCCUCACCCAGCUCCUGCUCAAUGGCAACCGGCUGACACGGGCCGCUGCCCGCGAGCUCACUGAGGCCAUCAAGGACACUGCCAAGUUCCUGGUACUGGCCUGGGUGGACCUGGGCAACAACAUGGAUGUGGCCUCCCUGCCCCAGGCCCUGCUGGUUGGCCUGCGCCGGCGGCUAAGCCAGCACACCUCGCUGCCCACCAUCUACGAGGGCCUGGACCUGGAGCCCAAGGGCGGUGUGGCUGAGGCCAUCACUAUUGCCUCCACCUGGGGCUCUGCAGCCACUGGGCCAGGGCCCGAGCCCCAGGCCUGCUGCGCCAGGUGACCUGCCACCUGCCCUGUCUCCCGCUCCUGAUUGGCUGGCGAUGCCCCUGAGCACAUGGGGGGCAGGUGAUGGAGGUGGAUCCAGGGGAAGUGCUCAGACUGGAGUCAAGGGCACAGAGAAGGAUGGGCUCCGUGGAGACCAAAUGGCGGUCCAGGGUGCAGUCUCUUCCUUUCCUCAGCAGGGGGGCCCACCACUUGCUGUACAGACCACACAAUAAAGGGUGAUGCCCCCUUCA